AUGCUGACAACGUCAAAGUCGUUGCAGACGCCUGCUCAACCUCUGAUGGAUCCUUUCAAUGGGCAGACCCCAACCCCAGGUCGGCCUGGGGAUGAGACUAGGUUUAUGCGAAAUCUCCGAAAGCAGAUGCAGAAGAACGCAAGCGCUGCUCAGAUCAAGGGAGCUGACAAGAUUCUCACGGAAGGGGGAUGCACCGAUGAUGAAGACCCCGACCGAACCCUGAUAGACAUGGUCGAAGACGCUUUGGAAGUUGACUCGGUCGAAGACAAGAACUCGACGGCAGUCGCCUCCGUCACGGAUGACGAGCGAGAUGGGCAUUGUGAGAAGGUGGGAUGGGAGAACUCCCUGAAGCCGCACCAAAGGGACAUGUUCGACGUUCUUGCUCGCAUAUCAAGGCAUUUCGUUCGGCAUCUAGUAAGCACCGAGACCGCCAUUGAAGAUAUUCUACUGGGCUACGAAGCGGACGGCACGCACCUGAUUGAGCUGAUGGAGGAGUCACAUCGGAAAGAAUAUGACGCACAGAGAAAGUGCCUCCUGGAAACACGCACGCAUAUAUCAGAAACUCUAUUCCAUAUUCAUGAGCAGAUUAUAAAGCACGAGGAGCACGCUCAGGCCUCACUACUAGACAGCAGCUGGGAAAAGGAGGCAUCGGCAUCGAAAAAGCAUGUCUACAGUUUGGAGAAGAUGCUCGACCAUGCGGUCGAGCAGUGA